AUGUUUAUUCAAACACAAACCACACCAAAUCCAGAUUCAUUAAAGUUUAUUCCCGGUGUUCCAAUAAUGCCGGAAGGAGAAACCGCAGAAUUUAUUUCAGGUCAUUCAGCUUCCACCUCGCCACUGGCGAAACAACUGUUUCGUAUCAAAGGAGUCCGAGGUGUAUUUUUCGGUCCUGAUUUUAUAACAAUCAGUAAAGAUCAGGACACACCCUGGCAAUUAAUGAAACCAGAUAUCUACGCAAACAUUAUGGAUUUCUUUGCAACCGGACAACCGGUCGUGACUGAAGGCCAGCCACCAUCCGACACUGAAAUACAAGAAGGUGAUUCGGAGGUGGUGCAAAUGAUUAAAGAGUUGUUGGACACUCGGAUUCGACCCACCAUUCAGGAUGACGGCGGAGAUAUCGAAUAUCGUGGAUUCGAGGACGGGGUGGUCAAGUUGAAGUUGAGAGGUUCGUGUAGAACUUGUGAUUCGUCGGUGGUCACACUCAAAAAUGGGAUAGAGAAUAUGUUGAUGCAUUAUAUACCUGAAGUGACGGCUGUUCAGCAAAUUUAUGAUGAAGUGGAACAAGUUGCGCAACUCGAAUUCGAAAAAUUGGAAAAGAAAAUAGCAGCAAACAGUCAUUGA